CAAUGGACAGUUAGUCAUCAUCAGACGUAUGCGGGGUCUCUUUUUCCGUUUUCGUCGGAGAAGCGGCUGCUGCGAGCGGGCCGAGUUUGCGAAGGCUUCGGGUCAGCGUGUGGCGGGCCGCUUCGCAGUUGGCGGAAAGGAUGCGCUGCCUGCCAGAUGGCGCGUCGAGAGCGACAUCACAAAGUAUUUGGCCUUGGGCCUGUGCGGGACCAUGUGCUAUUGUGUCAGCGUGGCCAGUGUGGUGAAGCCAGCUGAACCACCCGGGUCCCUGAAAGAAUUGAAGGAGCAGGCCGUCAAUUUGAUGGAAUUGAUGUCGAGAGAUAGAGUGCCUUUUCAGGACGUUGAAAUGUUGAUUGGAAAGGUUUUGAAUUGUUUGGAUAGAUUGUCGGUCGAAGAAGUGUUGAGUGAUUUGGCCUAUGUCUACGAAACCAUCAAAAGCAUUGUUUUGUUUUAUCAACAGCUUGGAAACAUAGAGAUUGCCUUAAAUACUCAGGAACGAUUUUUACGUUUUUGCGAGAGGGUUGACGUUUUACAAGUCAAUCCGGCCAUUCUGGUGGCCGCGUUGAACGAGAUGGGCGAUUUGCUUUUACAGGGUCGUCAAUUUGCAAAAGCUAAGGCCUAUUUCGUCCAGACAAUCGAGAUCGCGCGGGAUAUCGAUCCGGCGAUCAUUUCUGAGUCUCCUUCGAUGCUGUUAAGUCUUUCUGCAGCUUACGGAUUUUUGGCCUUGUCUCGAGUUUUGUCCGGAAGUCAAACGGAUCCCCGUCCGUCGCUCGAUCUCCAGUAUUCAAUAUUGCAAAAAAUUCUCGAAUGCACCGAGAUCCAGUUGUCUCAAAAAGUGACAAGCAUGAUUUCGGCCGUCAACACGCACCUGUUGAUAUCUGCGGCGUAUAUCGAAGAAAAAAAAAAAAGUGAGGCGAUCGAAUUUUUUGAAUUAGCUGAUUCGCUUUGUCAUCAAUGCAUUAAUCGGUCGCUGCACGACCAGCCCUUGCUCGCCAAGUUGUCUCUGCUCAACGAGCACCUUCGGCUCAGAUUCUCCGCAUUCCUAACUCAAAUCGGGGAGCUCGAUCGAGCGGAGGCGCUGACGCGAGAAUUGAUCAAUUACCAAACCAACACAUACGGCUCAAAUGCGAUUCAGCUGAUUACGAGUCUGACCAAUUUGGGAGUGAUUCGUUAUCAGCAGAAGCGGUAUCCGGAUGCCUUGGAUGCACUCCAGUCCGCUCUCGAAUUGGCAAAAAAGGUGCCGCAGCCGGAAAAAUGGAUUCGAGAUACACAAAAAUUGCACACUUAUUUGGCUCAAACCUUCCAAGCUCUAAGCAACUUCGAGAUGGCUGAAUUCUAUCUCAGCGAGUCGCUCGACCUAGUCUCGGAAGCCUAUGGAGACGACAGCGAGCAAGCGGCCGAAAUUUACCACCUUUUGGGUAAGCUCUCUCGCGAUCAAAAAAGUUACGAAAAGUCACUCAAGUUUUUCCAGGCAUCGUAUUCUCUUUGUAACCAAAUCCUCGCGCCAAGCCACCCGUUGACACACGUCGUCAUCGACCACAUGGCGGAAGUCAUGAUGAUUCCAGAAGUGGGCAGACUCGAGGAGGCGGAAGAGCUCCUGCGAAAAUCUCUGAGCGACCGCCGCAAGGCGUUCGAUGGCCUCUCGCCGCAAGUCAUCUCGUGCGUCUCAAACCUGGCCAAUUUGUACCUGCGAAGAGGCGAUUUUGAAAAGGCGGAGUUUCACUUUUCGCAGUUACUUCGGCUCUCUGUUGACAAGCACAGCACGGAGUGCCAUCGAGAUGUCGCCCUCGCGGAAUAUGGGAUCGCCCGCAGUCUCAUGGGUCUGAGUAACCCCAAUUCUAGGGAGCACCUGGAGCGUGCUCUGAAAAUUCAAAAAUCCCUCCUUCAAUCCGCUGGUUCCGAGCGGUCUGCGGCCGACGUUCACUUGUUGGGCUGUAUUCUCUACUUCCUGGGUCGCUGGCAUUCGGACGCAAGGCACUGGAGGGCAGCCUACGCUCUUUACGAAGAGGCGCUCACCGAGUUCGAAAAGGCCAAUCACGAAUCGUCGCCUAACGCAAUUGACGUUCAAGUGGACAUGGCUCGUGUAUUGAUAGGUCAAAAGGAUUAUUUUGGUGCGCAGCGGCGUUUGGACCGCGUGUUGAAGGAUCUGGCCGAAGAGGGGAGUCAAGGGAUUUCCAGGGUGGACAGGCGGUCCAUCGAAGAACAGAUAGUUGGGAUGAAGGCACAAUUGGACGCUUGGAGAGGGGCGCCCGGCGGUUCGUGAAUUCAGACGGCGUGUUGUUGUUUUUUGGCGAUAUGGGCGCGAUAGCGAACAGGGCUCAUGACGUUAGGAAAUGCGCGUAUUGCGUACACAAUUUUCGCGUCUGAAGCAAAAAAAAAAAAGUGUCGAUUCGAAAUUGGAUCGUUUUAUUUGCAAAUUUUGGCUCGCUGAAGGCUGGCCUGGCGGGAGAGUGGCGUCCAUUUUGGAGAGAGGGCGCGCGCUCGUGUGGGCUAUUUCGUCGGCAGCGCCUUUGUAUUUGGCGUCACUGAAAAGGGGGGUUCUGUGUUUUUGUUGGGACGAUAGAGAACGUCGCGAAGCGGUUUUUUUUUCGCAUAACGCCGCGCGGAAUUUGUUUGAUCGUUUUGCCUCUCGUUCCUCUUUGGUUUGAAGCAGUAUUUUCGCCGGCUCUGUUGGUUUCGGGUGUUAUGGCUGCAGUUACCGACGAAGACGAGAAUUCGGUCUCGGAUCGCUCGGAAGUCUUACUGGACGCCCUUCCUUACGUUGACAAAUACGACGAGUCUGAUCAAUCUCUCGUGUACGGUUUGCUCCGCAAGGAGUUGAGUCACAAGGCGAAUGCGAAGAAGGAGCGCUUAGAAGUUGUGCCGUACGAAGUUUCGUUUCAGUCGGAGGCGCUGAAGGCGGAUUGGGAGAGAGUGAAGGAAUCAGAGGGUCGGAAUUUUUCCUCGCCAGGCGUUCGGACGAGCGACCAGAGGUUGGUGGAGCCGAGCGCCUCUGCCCCGUUGGAAGAAUGGGUGGCUGCGGUGGACCAGGCGAAGAUCCAGUUGGAGUACCUUAGGAACAAGAAGGAGCUGUUGGAGCUAUUGGAGUCCUAUGGUGCCAAUUCGUGGAUUGCGUACAACAAUCAAAUAGAAUUGUUGAAGUGCGCGUUGCAAGAGGUACUAGAUGAACAGGAACGGAAAAUCGAGCAGGUGAACGCGGAGAGAAGCACGGCGCAGGCAUCGGCAAGCGCCAUGUUAGAGAGAAUUUGGGGCCAAUGGAGAGAAGUUGUAGAGAAGAACGUGCAAAUAGACGCAUCUUGUCAGAUUUUGAAGCUAGAAAUUGACGAGAUGAGCAAGAGAAAGGAUGUAAAAGACCCAAAUGACUGCGACGGACGCGACGAAUCGGGCGUUGAAACUUAGCAUGGCAAAAAUAUGUAUUCCAAGAAACAAAGACCUUUUAUCACAGAGAAUAUCAAAAAAAAAAAAUAAAGGAAAAAACCCGUUUUGGCUAUCACAGUUCAA